AUGAAGGAUUUCCCAUCAUGUUUUGGUGAAAGUGGAGUUCAAGUUGCAGACUCAUCACCACCAACCACAACUAGAGCUCAAAAUCAAGUAGCCUGCAUCUACCAAUACACCUCCCAAUCCUUCUCUGGCUUCAUCACAGUCACAUGGAUGAAGAAUCUCAUGGUCCAGGCACUGAGCAUCGCCAUCGAGAACUCGGCCAAUGACAGCCUCGGGAAAGUGGACAUUAGGCCAUGGCUCUUCUCCAAGAGAAAAGGGUUCAAGAAAAUGGUGGUGGACUCAACAAAGGUAGACAUCUAUUGGGACUUAUCCUCUGCCAAAUUCGGGUCAAGCCCCGAGCCCUUAGAGGGGUUCUAUCUGGCCAUAGCAAUAAACCAAGAACUAUGCCUUCUUCUCGGAGAUUCACAGACUGAAGCCUACAAGAAGAUUGAUCCAUCACCAUUUGCACCAAAGGCCAGUUUUCUCGCUCGAAAAGAGCACAUUUUUGGGAAGAGAUUGUACAAUUCAAAGGCGCAGUUUUGUGGGAAGGGGCGUUUGCAUGAUAUAAGGAUUGAGUUUGAUCCAAAUGAGAGAUGUGGCAAGUGUUUGACUAUGCUUGUAGAUAGGAAGGUAGUGUUGCAGGUGACUCACCUUCAGUGGAAGUUUAGGGGCAACCAAACCAUCCUUGUGGAUGGAGUUUGUGUUGAGGUGUAUUGGGAUGUCCACGGCUGGCUCUUCGACAGCGCCAUCUUCUUGUUCCGAACACACGUGCCGGUCGCCAAGGCCGGGCCGUUGGAGGGACUUAGUCAUGGUUUUUCACUUGUGUUGUGUGCUUGGAAGAGUGAAUAG